CGAACAUCCCUACCCCGAAAAAAAAAGCAAAAACCUGUUUACUUGGCUGACGUAAACAAGAUCGAGAGUUUAUUUCAAAACUAUUGAAAUUAAUUAGAAAAUGAAAAUAAUUAAGUAAUUUUGUAUUAAUACUUAAUCACGUCCUAUGUAUAGCAUGCUAGAGUAAAUAAUUAUGGCGCGGCAUAUCGAUUCAAAUCUUACUAAAUUAUUAGACGGCUUAGGUCUGGAAGGCGAAGAAAAUGAUUUUUGUGAUUUUACUAUAGCGGAUCAAAAUUCUGUGGCUGAAUCUCAGGGUAUUACACCCACCACUCCUUCCAAUUUUAAACCCGUUCUUGGUGGAAAUGUCACUUACGUAGUAGCUUGUGUUUUGCUCAAUGAUGACAAUGAAGUUCUAAUGAUGCAGGAAGCUAAAGAAAGUUGUGCGGGUAAAUGGUACUUGCCAGCUGGUCGCAUGGAAAAAGAAGAGACUAUAAUCCAAGCUACUGUACGAGAGGUCUUAGAAGAAACUGGUUUGCAGUGUAAUCCCAAAACUUUAUUGGUUGUGGAAACUGCUGGUGGCAUGUGGUACAGAUUCGUUCUAACUGGUGAAGUGAUUGGUGGUCAUAUCAAAACUCCAGCAAAUGCUGAUAAAGAAUCCUUGCAAGCAAAAUGGGUAUCUAAUCUACAAGAAAUCACAUUACGCUCCAAUGACAUUGUCCAUCUGAUUGAUAAAGCAAAAUUAUAUAAACAGAAUUAUAAAAAUGGAUUGUGGCAUAGAAAUAUUUUACCAGCUCUCGUCCCCCAUGUCAAAGACUUGUUGAGAUUAAUUGUAGUGAUAAAAAAAAGAAGUACAAAUACAUUACAUGUCUUGCUAAGUGAAAAAACAACAAUACAUUUCCCUACUUGUGAGAUAAAUCCUGCUAAAAGUCUACAUUCCACACUCCGGAGAUUCAUGGUUGAAAUGUUUGGUGCAGAUGUUGGCCAACAUCGUCCUCUGGGAUUGCUUAAUGUUGAGGCUGAUCCAGCAACUGAUGGAUUGUGCCUUACACUUCUGGUUGUGUUUCGAGCUCCACUUGAAGAAGUGCCAAUGAUUGGCAAGUGUAUAUGGCAAGAACUAUCUAGAGAUAAUGAAAACAGACUACUCUCUAUAAUUACGUCAAAAAAUAUGGCUAUUGAACUGCAUGUAGUUCGUUGAAAAACAUUAAAGUAUUUAAUGAAAGUAAUGUUUUAGCAGUCUUACAACCACAUGCAGUGAUGUCAAUUAAAUUUAAUACCUGCCAAAGU